AUGUCCUCUAAGCCAGACUCCAAGAUCCUCCGACGAUGCGUCGAGCUUGCAAAGGAAGCUCUUGACGCAGGUGAUGACCCUUUCGGCUCCGUCCUUGUCGACGCAAACGGCAUCGCAAUCAAAGAAGACCGCAACCGCGUCAACACAGGAGAAAAUGGAGAUGGAAAACGAGACGGCACACUGCACCCAGAGCUUACACUCGCCCGCUGGGCGCAGCUAAACCUCAGUGCAGAGGAGCGGGCCAAGGCUUCGGUCUACACGUCAGGCGAGCACUGUCCGAUGUGCGCUGCUGCCCAUGCCUGGGUCGGAUUAGGUCCCAUCGUCUAUGUUUCCUCAAGCGCUCAAUUCUCUGCUUGGUUAAACGAGUUCGGUGUCGAGAGGGAGACCAAAGUGAAGCCACUGCCAAUUAAUGAGGUCGCACCGAAUAUCCCAGUUCAGGGUCCGAUCCCUGUGCUGGAUGAAGAGGUUAAAGCCCUGCACAAGCAAAAUGUCAAGAGGUCUUCGUAA